GACGCUGAAGAAGCUGUACUGUGCAAAUCCUCCGUUUGAAUGGGGCUAUGUUCAGUAAGAUUGCGCAACACACGAGCGAGUGACCGAUUGGCCACCGUUGUUUGACUAGCCCCCCACCAUUGUACGCCCAUUUCUAACUUUAAACUUUGCUAUCCAGAGGGCUACUGAAACAGUUCCACGGGAAAAGAGUGAACUCGUACAACGCAAACGCAGUCUGAUACUUAACGAUGGGUGAAAUAAGUUACAAUGCCGAGUUACCCGAACUCACAGAAUUUUUCCAAUUGGAACCCAGCCUGCGUCAGUUUGAAGGAGACUUCCGUCGCAGGUACAGGCUGUUUGAAGAGCGCCUGUCCCAGGUGGAGCGGACGGAGGGAGACUUUGAUAAUUUCACGAAGAGCUACCAGUCGUACGGCGCGCAGCGGCAGCCCAACAACGGCAUGUUCUUCAGGGAAUGGGCACCGGGGGCCAAGGAACUCUACCUGACUGGAGACUUCAACAACUGGAACAAAACCUCUCAUCCUUUCACCAAGAAGGACUUCGGGAAAUGGGAGCUCUACCUCCCGCCGAGACGAGACAAGUCUCCAGCCGUUGCGCACGAGUCCAAACUUAAGCUUGUUAUCCUAACCGAAGAGGGAGAAUACUUGUUUCGGAUCUCCCCCUGGGCCAAGUAUGUCACAAAGAUGCUAGAUUCGGUCACAUAUGAUUGGAUUCACUGGGAUCCCAUUCAUCCUUACUUGCUCCAGCACCCCCGGCCCACCAAGCCCAGCAGCCUGCGCAUAUACGAGGCUCACGUGGGCAUAGCCUCACCCAAGCAGGAGAUCGCCACCUACAAGAACUUCACCCUUAACGUUCUCCCACGCAUUAAAGAUUUGGGCUACAACUGCAUUCAGCUUAUGGCAGUAAUGGAGCAUGCUUAUUAUGCAAGCUUUGGGUACCAAGUCACCAACUUCUUCGCCGCCUCCAGUCGCUUUGGUACUCCUGAGGACCUGAAGAGGCUGGUGGACACCGCCCACUCUCUGGGCAUCACAGUCGUCCUGGACGUGGUCCACAGCCACGCCUCCAGCAACACGGACGACGGCCUCAACCGGUUCGACGGCACCGACUCGUGCUUUUUCCACGGGGGUCCCCAGGGGAAACACUCACACUGGGGCAGCCGGCUCUUCAACUACUCCAGCUGGGAGGUCUUCCGUUUCCUGUUGUCAAACUUACGCUGGUGGAUGGAGGAGUAUCGCUUUGACGGCUUCCGCUUCGAUGGUGUCACAUCCAUGUUGUACCACCAUCAUGGAAUCGGCAUGACUUUCGGAAAAGGCUACAGUGAAUAUUUCGGCAUGCAUAUGGAUGAGGACGCGCUGGUCUACUUGAUGGUGUCCAAUCAUUUCCUCCAUACUUUCUACCCAGAAUGCAUCACCAUUGCAGAGGAUGUAUCUGGCAUGCCCGGCCUCUGCAGACCCAUCACAAAGGGAGGGCUUGGCUUUGAUUAUCGGCUGGCCAUGGCUGUGCCAGAUAAGUGGAUCCAGAUCCUGAAGGAGCAGAAGGAUGAAGAGUGGGACCUGCAGAACAUCGUGCACACACUCACCAACCGCCGACAGCAGGAGGGAUCGAUCGCCUACGCAGAGAGCCAUGACCAGGCCCUAGUGGGAGACAAGUCUCUGGCCUUCUGGCUGAUGGACAAAGAGAUGUACACCAACAUGAGUUCCCUGAUUCCCAUGACACCCGUGAUUGACCGAGGCAUCCAGCUGCACAAGAUGAUUCGCCUCCUUACCCAAAGCCUGGGCGGGGAGGGAUACCUCAACUUCAUGGGAAAUGAGUUUGGCCACCCCGAGUGGCUGGACUUCCCCAGGAAGGGCAACGACGAGAGCUACAGCUACGCCCGCCGCCAGUACCACCUGCUGGACAUGGAGCACCUGCGCUACAACCAGCUCUACGCCUUCGACCGAGCCAUGAACCGCACCGAGGACAAGCACGGCUGGCUGGCCUCCGCACCGGCUGUUGUGACGACAUUGAACCAGGAAGACAAGGUCAUUGUGUUUGAGCGCUCCAAGGCUCUCUUCAUCUUCAACUUCCACCCCACGUACAGCUACAGUGACUACAGGGUCCCUGUUGGCCUUCCAGGGAAAUACACCAUUAAACUGGACUCUGAUGACGAACAGUUUGGGGGCCAUGGGCGGCUGUCACCCAACACUGAUUUCUUCACAGAGGACAUGUCAUUCAAAGAUCGACCCUACUCAUUCAAGAUCUACAUACCCUGCAGGACGGCUCUUGUUCUGGCAAACGAGGACAUCGAUUACUGUUAUUAGCCAUGGGAGCGGAGAAUGAAGAGGAGCGUUGGACCAAGCUGUAAUCACCACCAUCUGAUGGGUUCCAGGAAGUGUUGGUGUCCCUGUGGAAAAAAAACUAAAACCUCAGCUCUGUAACGUUACAACUGUACACCAAUCAAAGCUGAGACUGGCCCGAGCCAGGCCCUAAUCUGGGCCGGGUGCACUUUAGAGUUAGAUGCCAUCUAGUCAUCAGUGUUUGUUCUGUCCUGUCGUAUUCCAAAUCCACAUGGCUCGUUUCAACCUGGAAGAACAAAAUAGCCCACACUGAUCCUGCUGCAGUUGCAGUCACUGGAAAAGACACUUGUUGACUUACUCGUCCUAUAGAGGAAAUGUCUGCCAACAACUUCAUUUUACCCGAGGGGAUGAGUUCAAUGAGCCUAAUGUCAGCUGACAAACAAGCCCAAUUGCCAUUUGUGUAAAUCAGCACUUCUGUUAACAUACAGUAUGUGUGGUGGACAUAGGAAGUGAAUGAGAGAGAGGAGAAGUUGGGGUGACGAGAUCACUAUCACAUGUGGCAUGUUAGAUAGCUGUGGGGGAAAUAGGCUGAUUAGUGUGAGAAUACAUUUUUUUUCUUUUUAAAUCUAUCUGUUUUUCUUUUACUUGACUAUCACUUUUAAGGCAUAUGUAACAUUUAGUGAGGCUGGAUGGGUUGGUAAAUACAUUUUCUGGGGUAUAAUUACUCACAUUGGCAUGUUGGAUAGCUGUGGGGGGAAUAGGCUGAUUAGUGUCAUCAGAAAAGUUUUCUUAGAAAGAAAACUGAUCUGAAAAAGAAAAUCUGUUUUUCUUUAACAUGCCUAACACUUUGAGGGCAUAUCUAACAUUUAGUGAGGCAGGACGGGUUGGUAAAUACACUUUUCUGGAGUAUAAUUUUUCCAUGGAGUUGAUGUAGAUGAUAACAAGGCCAGACCUCUCUGACUGCAGAUGAUAUGAUGAAUACAUUUAGCCUUACUCUCUUCAAAGCUCGUUGAAAAUCCUAAGAUCAAUAUAACCCCUCUUCCUCAUUCCCUUCAUUCUGGCAGUGUUUGCUUCCCCUCUUCUCUCUCGCUUUCUUCAUUCACACCACACACACACACACACACACACACACACACGCACGCUUUUAACCCCACUUUCAUUUGCGGAGCUUUAAUAAGCACUGGUAAUUUGGAGCUCCAUUAAAUGUCUUACUUUAUGAGGUAACAUCACAGCGGUAUCGGAGCCUCUCGCUGUGAGCUGCUUCGGGGGUCACAUGACGAAUGAGCUGCCUGCUCCCUCAGGUCCCCCAGGAAAAAACGAUUAAAUGCAAGAGUGGAAGUAUGACAGCAGGGACAAAAAAAAAUCUCGUUUUAUAGUCUGAAUGGCCAAUUAUUCCUUUUCUCUAAUUAAUUCACUUAAUUUACAGAAAGUGAAAUCUAUUGUGGCACUUACAUUUCUUCAAUGAUCAUCUUGCCAUGUAAUGUGACCAUUAUUCAAUGGAGUUGACAUUGGGGUUCUUAGAGGUAGCAUGUUCCAUUAACAAACAAGUAUUGAGCAUAAUGAACAGUUCAACAUUCCCAAUGCCCUUGGAUGCAUUAAGAAAACUAUUCAUUAAUCUUUAGAUAAUAUACAACUUUAAAGGGCAGUGCUGUCUAUCGUAGGACAGUUCAGACAUUGGAAUUUAAACAGAUUAAUCACAAAUAGUUUCAAAUUUAGUUGAUGGCUUAUUAUUCUCUGGAAUAAUCAUAGGUAAGUCAUGAAAAUGUUCUUUUAUAUAUGUUUUCUUUACAUGUUUUUUUUUUUUUUUUUAAUAUUAGGAUGACCUGCCAUAGUUUUCUUUCACUCUGUAUUAUAGUUUAAUGGUUAAAUAAGUCACUGUCUCUUCCUCUCUGCACACUCACAGAAAACCCUACAGCACAUGUAGGGGAACCCUCAUAAUUCAGUGGCUGUUUUUCCUCUGGGAAAUAUGACGGCCCAUCUAUGUGAUGAUUAUUCUGUCUUAAAGACGUUUUGGGGGAACAUGACUAUAUGUACUCUCCUGGUGGUGCAAUAGUUGGAUGCAUUUCAGCCAUGUAUUGUGGAGGCUAGUGCCUACAAUAAAUAAAUAACUCUUACAAGAUUCUCCAAA